GCUCUGACUCUCUCUCUCGCUCGUCCCUCGUCCUCUUCGUCCUCGUCCCAUUCUGUCAAAUAACUUCGUUCAGUGAUCGCGUAUAUUUCGUCGUCAGCUAUUUGGAUCAAUGAUAUUGUAUUUGUUAUGAUCAGUGAUCAUACGUCGAAUAACAACAUCGACGGCUAGAUACGAUCGGAUAAAGACAAGGUUAAAGUGACGGUGGCCAAGUGUUGUUGCGUAAAUAAUUGAGCAACCGGCGGUCGUAUCCACGACGAAAUGAACCGCUUUUUGCAAAAUAGUCUAGAUAAAGUCUAGAGUGGUGUGUGCCAGUGCGGGACCGAUGCGUAUUUUACGCCCUUGCUUUAUUUUAUUGCUAUUUGGUGAUCCAGAGUGACAAUCAUGGGGUCCACGGGGCUGACUUUGGCAGAUUUACCAAACAUUUUUAUAAUGCUAGGCGCCCUCGUUGCUUUGUUCGUGAUGCUAGUCAUACUUCUUAGGAACAUGGAAGUGAUCGGCAUAGUGGGCGAGGGCGGCGCUGGCGGCGAGGCGCGCGGGCGGGCGUGGGCGCGCAGCAUGCCGCCGCCGCGCGUGCUCAUGCAGCGCGUGCACAUACCCUUUACCUUCAAGCUGGUCGAGAACCUGCCCGUCUCCUACUCGGGCGUGGAGUGCGUGGUGUCGUCGCGAGUGCGCUACUGGCGCGCUAGCUGGUGGGGCGCGCCAGUGCGCGAGCUGCACCUCGCGCUCUGGGCCGCGCUGCCGGACAUCCUCGCCAGCGACCACCUCACCUUCGAAAAGUGAGUGCCCUUCCCUUCCUUACCAGGUCUUAUUGGAAUUUUAGAUAUUUCAUCCGCAAGAGUUUCUGUAAGGGCAGUAGAUGCUCUGUGGCAACUGGGUAUAUCAGCGUGACGCGUUCUCAUAUUCCCUUCAUUGCGUCAUGCUUACGUCACCGCGUCUUCGGCGCAACUUCCCACCGCGAGUCACGGGAAAAUCACUGGGUGCGAUGGACGACUUUUACACAAGACGCAGCUAUCAUUAUUUAGUACAAUAUGAUGAUGAUAAAGUUAAUGAUAUAGGUAAUGCUAUAAACUAUGUUAAGACCUAGGAACCUGACGGCGUGCGCCUGCGCACCUACUGGCUCCAUAUUUAUGUUUGCAAACAGUAAUUUGAGCAGUUUGCGGUGAAGCCAGCACUUGUUGGUAAGACUCAGCGGCGCUGCUAAGACAAGUUGCUUGGGGGAAAAGGGGUCUUAGAAAAAUGGGCAUGAAAAAUGUCAAAGGGCGCGGCGGCGGGCGAUCCGUCAAGGUCAUCCUGUACGUCUUACCGCUUUGUGAUAGUAAAUGAGUCUUAAUGGACCUGAAUAAUGUUAAAUUUCAUUUGCAUUAUUUAGCUUACAUUUGCAAUAAAUACGCAAAUGAUUUAAUCGUCCCAUGUCAUUAAAAGUUUUAAAUAAUUACCUUUGAUAGUUUUUUUUAGCGCGGAACACUUUUGAUAUAAAACUUUGUAUACUUUCUGCUAAAUAAUCAACUUUGCGUAAUAACUAUAACCGUAAAUUUGCUUUAUAAUUUAUAGUAUGAAUCGUCAAGUAAAAAAUUGAUAAAACAAAUUUAAUAAUUAUUUGAACCAACACAACGAUCCAAAAACGUUCAGCAAAUAUUGAGGUAGAUUCGCGCGGCGCCGACCUCGAGCCUCGCGCCGUCGCCCACC